CUCAAUGAUUUCUCCAAACUUUCACACUUUCUCGCCUUCGUCUUUGUCGGAUCUUUGCUGCAAUUUCGAGGAACAGCGAGCAAAGAUGACGGUUUUUCACUUUUUCAACUGUGCGAUUCUCACUUUCGGUCCUCACGCCGUCUACUAUUCCGCUACUCCAUUAUCUGAGUAUGAUACACUUGGUACUUCUGUUAAAGCCGCUCUUGUUUAUCUCGGAACAGCUUUGGUUAAGCUUGUUUGUUUGGCGACGUUUCUUAAUGUAUCAGAGAAUGACAACUUUGACCCGUAUCAGGAACUGUUGAAAGCACUAAUUGGUUUUGUAGAUGUUGCUGGGCUUUACUUUGCCUUGACCCAGUUGACUCACAGGAACAUCUCUCAGAAUCAUAAAUUUCAAGCUGUUGGGCUUGGGUGGGCUUUUGCGGAUUCUGUACUACAUAGAUUGGCACCGCUUUGGGUGGGUGCUAGAGGACCGGAGUUCACUUGGGAUUACAUUUUGCAAGGUCUAGAGGCUAAUGCAAAUUUGGUGUUGAGCAUAUCCCUUGCUGCAUUAGGUUCUUUGAUGUGGCUUCGCAAGAACAAGCCCAGGACAUUGAUUCCUAUAAUAUAUGCAUGUGCAGGAAUUGUGGCAACCAUGCCAUCCAUUACAAGCUAUCUGAGGCGAGGAUUGGGGUGGCAAUUCCCAAAAGUGGUUGGCUUUGAACUUUUUACCUCUUUGAUUAUGGCUUUCGUUUGUUGGCAACUUUUUGCUGCGUGUCAGAGACCAUCUACCUGAGGUUCUUACGGCAGCUUAAUUCUCCUUUAGGGGGCUUGGCCCAAUCAAUCUUCCCCCUGUGACGGCAAUGGCUUUUACUUUAAUUUCACAUUAAUGUUAUAGUUUCUGGUGUAUCUAAUUAAUUUUGAUCUACGCUUUAUUAGUAACCAACUCAUAUAGGAAUUUCUUUGAUGUAACCCAAUAGCUAAAUUCAUGAAAAUUUUGGACGAAGGAUGAGGUAGUCCUUGCCUUGCACUCA